GCUCGACUGGACACAAUCCCACACACCAUCAGCAGCAUGGCGAAACUAAAAUCCGCGAUUGGUCUUCUGCUCCUCUGCAUUUUCGCCUUUUCCUCUACCAAUUCGCAAGAUGUUGUGGAGUUAGAAUCAGUGGUCUACGAAGAGCUGGGCGAUGGCACAGUUGUCGUGGACGAAUUCAACUCUGUCGACGGAUCGCGCACCCUGGACCCGAUUUUCGGCGACUACAAUCCCAGCCCACGUCUGGACUCGUGUACCAAACUCGGAGCAGGCCGCUUCCCUGUCUUAGGUGACUGCAGCAAGUACCUUGAGUGCAACGAAGAAAACGGCACCUACACCAGAAGAAUUGUGCAGUGUCUCCACGAUCUUUGGUUCCAUGAGGAAGGCGGCGAUUGCGGCUUCAAGGGUGAUUUCUGUCCCUACGGCCGUCUCGUUCCUGUUUCUUCGACGGUGCGGCUAGCGCAACGCACCUCGACACCGACCUCCACGAGCUGCACCCGCGCGGGUAGGUUCCCGCAGCCUGGAUGCACUGGCUUUUACGAAUGCCGCGAGACGGUCUACGGCCUCUCCAGGGCUGACUACACCUGCGGUGAAGGCAUACUCUACCAUGAGAUGCACCAAAAGUGCUUCCCAGCUUCCCAGGUCACCGAGUGCUCCGUUGCACUGCCCGAGCAAACGUGUCUGCGGACGUGCGUUGAAGGCCAAACAAGGGUGUGCAAGUACAAGUUCAUCGUGGAGGAGCACGUGAGCAUGAGCACUAUCCACUGCGGAAACUGUCCCUUCAAUUUGGCCGAUUGCAACCUGCCUGGCUGCAUCAGCGCCGGAGGGCUCCAGCGACCAUUGAUCUCGAUCAACAAACAAAUGCCAGGGCCCACCGUGCAGGUUUGCAAAGGUGACACCAUUGAAGUUGACGUGGUGAACCUGCUGCAGAGCUCAGCCGUGACCAUCCACUGGCACGGUCUGCACCAGCGAGCAACGCCCUUCAUGGACGGAGUGCCCUACCUGACGCAGUGCCCGAUCCAACCUGGCAACUCAUUCCGCUACAGAAUGAUCGCUGAUGUUGCCGGAACGCACAUUUACCACUCGCACAUCGGUCAUCUUGACUCUGAUGGUUUGUAUGGUGCCAUGAUCGUGCGUGAGCCGCGUUCGACCGAGCCAGGACUGGUCGGCAGAUACAACGACGAUCUGCCGCAGCACACGUUGUUAGUGUGGCACUGGUUCCAGAACUUGGGCGAGGUGCAGAGCCUGGACAUGAGGCUGCUCAGCCGACGCAGGGAAGGAUUUGGCUUUUUGAUCAACGGAAAGGGAGUCGUUGGCCAGCGUUUCGCCCCCGAUGGCAGUCGCCUAAGUGCACCCAUCGAGAACUACUACGUCAACUCUGGCUCAAGGAGGUACCGUUUCCGCAUAAUUUUCAACACUGCAAUCAUGUGCCCCAUUCAAAUUUCGAUUGACGGUCAUCAACUGGACAUACUGGCCAUCGAUGGACACGCCGUAGAAGCAUACAACAGCAGAGUCGAUUCGGUGAUUUUGACGGCGGGUGAGAGAGUGGACGUUGUGCCUGUGGCGACUGUUUCAACCUGGAAUUCAGCCUUCUACAUCAGGGUGCGCGGCUUGGGCGACUGCGACGACCAGAAGAACAGCGUGCACCAAUACGCGAUCCUGCGUUAUGACAACUACGCCGGUCCCGUACUAAACUUCCCUAAUCCCACUUACAACAGCGCUAUCCGACCAGGACGGGCCUUCAACCUGAACAGAGAUAUUUACAAUCCAGUGACGCAAACUAGAAUAACAGCAAAUCCUCUGGUCUCCUACAGAAGUGCACUCAGCCGUUCUGAUAAUCUUGUAGGAACACCAAACAAACGCUUUUUCAUCGACGUCAGCUUCAAUGUUCACCAAGAAUCUGACAACGUGCGGCUGGUGUUCCCUCAGCUGAAUUCAGUCUCGUGGAACAGCCCGCCGUUCCCGCUUCUGACGCAGUGGCAACAAAUCACCAAUUCAACUCUCUGCACCAACGAGUGCAACCAGCCCGUCGCCUGCGAUCAGAGGCGAUGCGUGUGCACUCAUACACUCUUGGCCAGGACCGGAGAUCUCGUUGAAGUCGUUCUCUUUGAUCCACGUGGAACUAUUGAAAUCGGUCACCCGUUCCAUCUGCACGGACACGCUUUCAAGGUCGUCGGGCAAUAUCUUUACAAUACCUCAACCACCAGGGAAGAAGUCUCUAACUUGGUAAACAACAAUCCGCAUCUGAUCACUACAAAUCAGUACGGACCCUGGAAGGACACUGUGGUCACCCCUGGAAGGGCGGUCAUCAUUAUUAGAUUCCGUGCUGAUAAUCCAGGCUACUGGAUGUUCCAUUGCCACAUUGGAGAGCACGCGGCGCUUGGAAUGGCGCUCACAUUCAAAGUAGGCGAGCACUACGAGAUGGUGCGGCCGCCGGCGAAUUUCCCAACUUGCGGCAACUUCUCAUAAAAUUUGGUCGACGAAUGAAAUAUAUAGCAUUUAAAGUGAUUAUGAUUACGUGGGAGUAGCGAACAAAAUUAAUAUUUAGAUUCUCAAUAUUGAUUGUAGAAUUUUAGUUUAGUGUGCUUGUACCAAACUUUCUUUGUUGAAAAUAUGUAUUUUGUAAAAUUGCGAAAAUAAACUCGACUGAAUCAUUGUUUUCAAAUUUAA